GUCGUAACGAUGUAUAUGUAAUUUUUUUCUAUGCAAGGGGAGGGGGCACAUUGAGACAAAAGAGGGCACCUCCGUGACCUGCAAAUAAGCACUUAACCGCUGUUUCUGAAAAGAAGAAGGUUUGUGCCCCCUUCCUUAGCCUAUACAUGUCAUGUUUGAAAAUGGACUUGGCUUCAAAGCAUCACACAAAACAGUUGGAUCAGAGUCCCUGCGUGUCUCAUGCUAUGGUGUAAUUAAGGCAACCAGCCAAGGUGCAUUCUAUGUAGCAAAUGCUGAAGAUCAAUGGAGUAGAGAUAGGUUGACUGAAAAUUAGUUGAAAGAACUUAUUUGAAAAUGCAAGAUUCUAAAACAAUAUCAUCCCUAUCUUCCUCAUUGUAGGAAUAAAUUGCCUGAGCAGCUGUAGUAGGAUUAAGUUUCUGAUUACAUGGUGCCACUCACUUAUUUUCUGUACAGGCUUAGAAUAUUACUAAAAUAUAAGAGAACUUGCUGGUUUAGAUUUUAAAUAGGGGAAUUUUACAUACAUAGAGGUUGUGCUUGAACAAAGCUGAUGAAUGAAUGGAAUGUCAACAUUUCAUUGUUUUUUUAGUCUUUACUCAAAUUGCUGUACCACAAAAUGUAAGAGAAGGAGGUGGGGAUAUACUCCAAAGAUGGCUAGAAAAGAAGAUUACAGCGAUGAAAGAGACUUGGCAAAGAGAUUCUUAGCUGAGUUUUAUUAUGAUGAUGAUAAUAAGAAAGUUUUCAAGUAUGGUGAGAGACUUAUUAAGAUGGCACAUCGAGAGCAGACAGACUUGCAAAUAGAACUUGAUGACGUGAAAAUGGAGUAUCCAGACUUUGCAGACAGGAUUAUUCAAAACACCAAACGCUAUGCAAAAAUCUUUUCAGAUGCUGUUUAUCAAAUGUUACCAGACUACAAAGAAAGAGAGGUUGAAAACAAAGAUGCAUUAGAUAUCUAUAUCGAACACAGGGUGUUGCUACAGCAACAGAAUAACCAGCAACGGGGUGGAGUUCAAAGAAACCAAAAGAAUACAUACCCGCCUGAGCUUCUAAGAAGAUAUGAACUGCACUUUAAACAUUUCGGAGAUCAAAAGGCAGAGGCAAUACGAAAUGUGAAGGCUGAAAAUAUCGGGAAACUUGUGGUUGUGAGAGGAAUUGUCACAAGAUGCACUGAAGUAAAGCCAAUCAUGGUUGUUGCUACCUACACAUGUGACCGCUGCGGGGCAGAAACAUACCAACCUGUUGGAUCGUCAAGUUUUAUGCCUCUACUAAUGUGUCCCAGUGAAGAGUGUACAACAAACAAAUCUGGUGGGCGUCUUUAUUUGCAGUCAAGAGGCUCGAAAUUCAUGAAGUUCCAGGAACUGAAGAUCCAGGAGCACAGUGAUCAGGUGCCAGUUGGGCACAUUCCUAGGACAAUGACGGUUAUCGCACGGGGUGAGCUUACAAGACAAGCAGUACCAGGCGAUCAUGUUAGUGUAACCGGGGUCUUUCUCCCAUCUCUGAAGACAGGAUUCAGACAGCUUACACAAGGCUUACUAUCUGAGACCUUCCUCGAAGCUCAUAGAAUCGUUCGUAUGAACAAGACUGAGGAUGAUGAGCUUACAGACGAGGCUUUGACUGAUAACGAGAUCCGAGGGCUGGCUGAAGAGGCUGAUUUCUAUGAGAAGCUAGCAGCAUCCAUAGCUCCUGAAAUUUACGGACACGAGGACAUCAAAAAAGCUCUGUUAUUGUUGCUUGUUGGUGGAGUUGACAGGAAUCCAAAUGGAAUGAAAAUCAGAGGAAGCAUCAAUAUCUGUCUGAUGGGUGACCCUGGUGUUGCAAAAAGUCAGCUUCUUGGCUACAUUGACCGACUGGCUCCUCGAAGCCAGUAUACGACGGGGCGAGGUUCUUCUGGGGUAGGCCUGACUGCAGCUGUGAUGAAGGAUCCGUUGACUGGGGAAAUGACUCUCGAAGGUGGGGCGCUAGUGCUAGCUGACCAAGGGGUCUGUUGCAUUGAUGAGUUUGAUAAAAUGGACGACUCGGACAGAACUGCGAUUCAUGAAGUCAUGGAGCAGCAAACAAUCUCAAUUGCCAAAGCAGGUAUAAUGACAACGCUCAAUGCCAGAGUAUCGAUUCUUGCAGCUGCUAACCCGGCCUAUGGUCGCUAUAACCCAAAGAAAUCGGCAGAGCAAAACAUCCAGCUGCCUGCGGCCCUUCUCUCGAGGUUUGACUUGCUUUGGCUGAUUCAGGAUAAACCAGACAGACAGAACGACCUAAGACUAGCUCAACACAUCACAUAUGUACAUCAAAAUUCCGUCCAUCCUCCAGCCAUGUACAAUCCAUUGGACAUGAAGUUAAUGCGGCGAUAUAUAGGCGCAUGCAAGGAGAAGAUGCCGGCUGUUCCAGUCGAACUUACAGACUACAUUGUUAGUGCCUACGUGGAAAUGAGAAAAGAAGCGCGAAACAGCAAGGACACCACAUUCACGUCACCAAGAACCCUUUUGGCCGUUUUACGUCUUGGAACAGCUUUGGCCCGUCUGCGUCUAGCGGACGUUGUCGAGAAAGAGGACAUCAAUGAAGCAAUGCGGUUAAUGGAGAUGUCCAAAGCCUCUCUUAUCGACGAGGAAGGCAUCAACAAACCAUCACAGCCAAUUGACGUCAUCUACGGUAUAAUAAGAGAAAUGGCUGGGGACGCCAACAGUUUGAAGAUUGAAGAUGCCCGCCAGCGUUGUCUGACAAAAGGCUUCACCCCUGAUCAAUUCUCUCGAUGUCUUGAUGACUAUGAGAACAUUAAUGUUUGGCAAAUCAACAACGCUAGAACUAAAAUCACCUUCGUCAAAUAGAACCUUUGCUCAUCGUUACAAGCAAACAAGGACAAUCUAAGCUGUUACGCAUGAGAUGUCUCCAUCUGAAACCUGAUGUAUUUGAUGGACAAGGAAAUCCAAUUUAAUAUUAUCAUCUCACAUAGAUUUGGAAGACUAAAGUACAAAGACAGUUGUUCAAUUUGGAAUAAACAAAUUUCUAACUGUUUCUAUCGACACAAAAGACAUUUUUUUGACACACACAAUCUUAGAAUUGUCUUUGAUAUCAGCCAUUUUCUCAUUCUAGAUAGGUGCUCUUAGAUAUCCUUUUUGUAAAUAUUUUUCCACAUUUUUCUUUUGUUACCAUUAGAGUAAACAGUUUCGUUUCUAGCGGAGUAAAAGCGAUUUUUAUUUUAUUGGUAAACAUUUUUAUGAAAGUCUGCGUUUUUAUUUUGUA